UUUUUCUUUUUUUUUUUUUUUCUCUCUUUUUCUUCUCCUUAACUCCUCCAUUUUUUUUUUCUAUAUAUUUUUUUUAUUGUUCAUACUUUUUUACUUACUAUGGUAAAUGAACAAACACCAUUGAUUCCUCAGCCAGUAGGAUCUAUUUCAGAUCGACGACAACAAAGAAAAAGAGAAGCAACUGGAUUACUCUGCAUGGCUCUUUCAGCAUUGGGAUUCUCUCUUAUGUCACUCUUCGUUAAACUUAGUGGUUCAAGUUUUCCUUCUUUUGAAAUUGUCUUCGCUAGAUCUAUUAUUCAAACUAUUCUAGGUUUGAUCGGUUGUUUCAUCCUUCGUGUUCAUCCUUUAGGUGAUCCUAAAGUUAGACCUUGGUUAGCUUUCCGUGGUCUUGUUGGUUCUUUAGGUCUAGCUCUCUUUUUCUAUAGUAUCACAAAACUUCCUUUGGCUGACGCUACUGUGAUUUUCUUCUUGGGACCUACUUUUACUGCCAUACUUGCUGCUAUUGUUUUAGGUGAAUCUUUUACUCUCUUUGACGGCAUAUGCUCAGCACUCUGUCUUGUUGGUGUAAUAUUGGUAUCCAAACCUGAAUUCCUUUUUGGUAGUAACAAUGGUGAUUUUAUAAAUGAAGAUGCAUCUUGGACUCGAAUCCUUGCUAUUUUAUGUUCUUUACUUGGUGCUGUCAUGUCAGCAUUUGCCUAUGUUACUGUUCGUCGUAUUGGAAAAGGUGCCUCUUAUAUGGUUCAUGUCGUCUAUUUUGGUGGUAUUUCAACUGUUGUUAGUGCUCUUGGUAUGUGGUUGUGGCAAGGUUAUAUCUCUCCUUCAGGUUGGAAAGAAUAUACAAUGUUGUUACUAGUUGGUAUCUCUGCAUUUAUUGGACAAUGUCUUUUGAAUCAAGGAUUACAAAUGGCACCUGCAGGCCCAGGUACUUUGAUGCGUAUGAACGAUGUAGUAUUUGCCUUUUUAUUUGGUAUUUUAAUCCUUCAUGAAUAUCCAGAUAUCUAUAGUGUUUCUGGUGCUUGCCUGAUUGUGUUGAUGACAACUGCUCUUGGUCUACAUAAAUGGUGGUCUUCUACUCGCCAUUAACGUUCCUAUUCUCACCCCUUCCUUUCAAACUUAGACAAUUCACGCCCCGAACAUAGACAUUUUUUUUUAUCGUCUUAUUAUUUUUUUUUCUCCUUUUAUUUUGUUUGUCUUCUUUCU